GAACCCCUUCCUGCUGUUUCAACGCCAUUCCCAUGGGAAGAUGGGCCUGUUUGGGGGUCUGGCAAAGCUUCCAGCUCUGUAAGAGUUCAUGAUUUAUUUACUCUGGAAAAGGAUCUUUGCUCCAGGCUUAGACUUCUUUACGUGAGUUCGGGCUUUGUGCAGCACCCGCCGCCCAUCAGUGCCCUGAGAAACCAGGGCUGAUGCUGGGCUCCCCAAGGGAGGGGGGCUCUGUGGGUUAGGGGCAUCCUCUGCCCUCUGUUCCUGCUGCCAGCCUUUGUUCUGCCCUGUUGGUGUUGCCACUGUCACUGGGAGAGCCCCUGAAGGGGCUGGGGGAGGCUUUCAGUGCUGCUCUGAAAUGCCUCUCUGCAGCCUCAAGUUGUGGUCCUUCGCCGCUUUCUUCUGUCUCAGGUUUCAGAAAUGAAGGAUUCAGGAUCCUUCUCCUCCUCUGCAGUCAUCCCUCUGAUGGCAUUUAUUCUGAAAGCCAAAACAAUAUCGUAGUGUGCGUUCUUCACUGCUUUAUCUGAAACUGGAGGUUAAUUUUUUAUAGGAUAUUGCUUGAGCUGCCCCCCAGAUCCAGAUGGGAACAGAAGGUUUGGUUUCUCUAGUGUCUCCAUGGAUGAUCCCUCAGGCAGGGCCAGCCCAGGGACUCCAGGCUGUUGGACUGCAUGUAAAGAUUUUGCUUGAUGGACUGGAAAGAUUUCAGUUCCAACAGGUCUGAAGGCUUUAUUUAGGUAUUUGAAAGCACUCUGAUUUGGGGAGUCUGCAUGUUCAGCAUGAUGCUGAGUGGAAAUCUUCUCCUGGUCAGGUGUUGGGCUGUGCUGUGAUGGGAAUUAUUUCAGGCUCUGAGAUAAUUCAGGAUCUCCUUGUCUCUAAGAGCAAAACCAAUCUGGCCCCAAGAUUUGAGCCCAGGCUGGUGACCUCUUGCUGCCUGCUCACAGUGGCUGCACAUUCUUGCAGGGAAGGCAAAAAUUAGGAAAUGACUUUCCUUUGAAUUGACCAGAAAAGGAGAAGGGGGAUUUCUCUCUGAGGUGUGCCAUGAGUCACAGAGUUCUCUGUUGCCCAGCUUUGCAGAGUGACUGAGCCUUUCCCGGGCUGGGAGAGGUUCUUGCACCACCUCAGGCAAAAGGAAGGUUGAGUUCAAACAGGCAGGACAAUGAGGGGAGGCAAAGAGCCAAAAUACAGCGUGAAAGCAGGAUUUUUAAAUUCUAAUAUUGCUCAAGAAAGCAGCAGUUACAGCCUGAAUCAUCCCAGCCUCUCUACCUUCCUGGUGCUCCCCUCAUUCUCCUGACACAAAUAUUCUUCCUGUUCCCAGCUCUCUCUGGGGAAUUUUUCCCCUUUUGAUGGAGGGCUGUUUUUCUCCACUCUCUGGUUCCAAGUAGGAAUCAGCCAAAGGUAGGAAUAUUCCAAAUAGGAAUCACCAAGAAGGUGUUGUGCUGCUGCUCCACUUUGCUCUCCCUCCCAGGAGCUCCAGGGCAGAGGCUGCAGCCGCAGCCCAGAAAUGGCUCUCAGGCACUCGGAGCCCUGGCCACGGAACUACAGCUCCCAUCAUGCCUACAGAGAGAGAAAUGCACAUUUUUUUUUGCUGGAAAUGAAGCCUCAUGUGACUUCCCAGCUGCUGCAGCACAGAGGGAGCCCCUGCAGAGGUUUUUUUCCCAGGGAAAUGGAGGUGUGCCCUAGCUGGCAGAUGCUGUGAUGGCAUCUGCAGCGCUGCAGAUCGCUGCUGACUUCGGGAAGGACUCGGGACUGUGCCCACCUGCCACAUGUUCCUGGGGAUCUGUACACCUGUAACCAAGUACCGCCAGUAACUCCAACCGCAGCACGCCCGCCUGCUCCCCGAUCCUGCGCAAACGCUCGCGCUCGCCCACGCCGCAGGACGCCCCGGGGGACGCCAUGGUGGAGAAGGGCUCCGACCACUCCUCGGACAAGUCGCCCUCCACGCCGGAGCAGGGUGUCCAGCGGAGCUGCUCCUCCCAGUCAGGCCGCAGCGGGGCCAAGAACUCCAAGUCACACAAGCGCCUCUCCAAAUAUGACAGACUUAACCUGCUCAAAAAAAGCCAGAGUUGGUAUAAUCAUGAGAGACAGUACAUCCGGAGAGUGCUGAGCCCCACGUACAAGCAGCGCAACGAGGAUUUCAGGAAACUCUUCAAGCAGCUCCCGGACACAGAGCGCCUCAUCGUAGAUUACUCAUGUGCUCUCCAGAGAGACAUUCUCCUGCAGGGCCGCCUCUACCUCUCCGAGAACUGGAUCUGCUUCUACAGCAACAUCUUCCGCUGGGAGACGCUGCUGACAGUUCGCUUGAAGGACAUCUGCUCCAUGACCAAGGAGAAGACAGCACGGCUCAUCCCCAAUGCCAUCCAAGUUUGCACUGACACUGAAAAGCACUUUUUUACCUCCUUUGGGGCUCGGGACAGGACGUACAUGAUGAUGUUCAGACUCUGGCAGAAUGCUCUGCUUGACAAGCCCCUGUGCCCAAAGGAGCUCUGGCACUUUGUCCACCAGUGCUACGGCAACGAGCUGGGGCUGACCAGCGACGACGAAGACUACGUGCCUCCUGACGAUGACUUCAACACCAUGGGCUACUGCGAAGAAAUCCCCGUGGAGGAGAAUGAAGUCAACGACAGCUCCUCCAAGAGCAGCAUGGAGGCCAAGCCAGAAGCCAGCCCUCAGCUGCCAAAGAAAUCUGUCACUGCCAGCACCCUGACCUCCACGGGCAGCAGUGAAGCCCCGGCCUCGUUCGAUGGAGUGCUCCCAGAGGAGGAGGAGGCAGUGGCAGAGAGUCCUGUGGAGAAGGACCUUGGCAUUGCCAACAUCAUGGGAGAGAAGAUCGACAUCAUUGGCCCUGUGAACUCCCCCUCCCUGGACUUCAAUGACAAUGAGGACAUUCCCACAGAGCUCAGUGACUCCUCAGACACCCACGAUGAAGGGGAAGUCCAAGCCUUUUACGAGGACCUGAACGGGCGCCAGUACGUGAACGAGGUGUUCAACUUCAGCGUGGACAAGCUCUACGACCUGCUCUUCACUGACUCCCAGUUCCAGAGGGACUUCAUGGAGCAGCGCCGCUUCUCUGAUAUUAUCUUUCACCCCUGGAAGAAGGAGGAAAAUGGCAAUCAGACCAGAGUGAUCCUGUACACCAUCACCCUCACCAACCCUCUGGCCCCCAAAACUGCCACAGUCACUGAGACUCAGACAAUGUACAAGGCCAGCCAGGAGAGUGAGUGCUAUGUCAUCGAUGCAGAGGUGCUAACUCACGACGUCCCCUACCACGAUUAUUUCUACACCAUUAACCGCUACACGCUGACGCGCGUUGCCAGGAACAAGAGCCGACUCAGGGUUUCCACGGAAUUGCGCUACAGGAAGCAGCCUUGGGGGCUGGUGAAAUCCUUCAUUGAGAAGAAUUUUUGGAGCGGCCUGGAAGAUUAUUUCCGUCACUUGGAGAGCGAGCUGACCAAAACAGAGAGCACGUACCUGGCUGAGGUGCACAGACAAUCCCCCAAAGAGAAGGUGAGCAAGCAAUCCACGGUGCGGCGGCGGAAACGCGCCCACGCCCACCUGAGGGUGCCACACCUGGAGGAGGUGCUCAGCCCCGUGACCACCCCCACGGAUGAGGAGGUUGCCCAUCGAAUCAAGCACGUGGCAGGUUCCACUCAAACACGGCACAUCCCCGAGGAGAGCCCCAGUGGCUUCCACCUGCAGAGUGUCUCCAAGCUGCUCCUUGUCAUCAGCUUUGUGAUCUGUUUCAGUCUGGUGCUGCUGGUCAUCCUCAACAUGAUGCUGUUCUACAAGCUCUGGAUGCUGGAGUACACCACGCAGACGCUGACGGCGUGGCAGGGCCUGAGGCUGCAGGAGAGGUUACCCCAGUCUCAGACAGAGUGGGCCCAGUUGCUGGAGUCCCAGCAGAAGUACCACGACUCAGAGCUGCAGAAAUGGCGCGAGAUCAUCAAAUCCUCCGUGAUGCUCCUGGACCAGAUGAAGGAUUCUCUAAUAAAUCUCCAGAAUGGCAUCGGGUCCCGGGACUUCGGGUCAGAUCCAGAGGAGAAAAGGAAACGUUUCCAUUGACAGGCAGGAAUGCAGGAGGCCAGAGGACGGUGUGCAAUAUGUGUAAAUAGGAUAUAUAAAUAUAUAUAUAUAAAUAUAUAUAUAUAUACAGAUAUAAAUAUAUAUAUUAUAUACAGAUUUUAAGAGAAAAAAAGAAAAAAAAAAAAGAAAAAAAGCCUAAAGAGGGGAAGGAGUGACCUCCAACACUGGCUGAACUGGAGGGUCUCUGGGAGUGUGGGGUGUGUGUGUGUGGGAGGGCUGUGCUCUCCCAGCACUGAGGUGUGCUUAGGGCCGUGCCCAGCUCUGCUCCCUGGGCCUGUGCACUGCUCCUCUGUAAUAUUCCUGUCUGUCUGUCUGUCUGUUCUGUUUUUGUUGUCUCAAAGGGAAGCAUCAGUGUGAGUGCCCCCCCCUGCCCGUCCCCAUCCCCUCGCUGUGCAUGGAGGUCCCUGCUUGGCUCUGUGCUCUCCCAGAGGGGACACUGUCACCUCCCUCACCCUGCUGCCUGCAGGCACAGGGGGUUGGCAGUCGCAGAGCUGCUUUGGAGAGGAGGGGGAGCUGCUGUGGCUCUGUGCAGGGCAGAUCCCCCUGGCAGGCCCCUCCUGGGAGCAGGAAUUUGCUGUCAGGGCGGCCAGGCUGGCUCAGAGAGCAGAGCACAGAGGUGACCAAGCUGCAAUCCCUGCCACACCCCACCCUGUGCUGCCUGCUGUCCUGGAUGCUGCAGGGAGAGCGAGGGUAGUGUCUGCCUCCCAGCUGUGUGACAGUGUCCCCUUCAGCUGUUCUCUGCUUUCCCUGUGCUUGGGCCCCUGCCACUGAGCCAUCCCUGUGCUGCAGGUCUGCAUCCGUGCUGGAAUCACCACGCUGGGAGGGCCCAGAUUUAAACAGAAAACCAAAAUUAGGAUUGAUUUGCAAGCACUCCCGCUACCCAGCUCAGCAAAUCUCUCUCCUGUUUGUUCACCCAUAAAAUCUGUGGGGAAAAAGGGGGGAAAAACAGCAGCUUCCUUUCCUUGCCUGGGAUAAAUUUACAUAAGUGUAUCUAUGCAGCAACAGCAUCACUGUGGAUAUUUAUGUGACUGCAUCUCUGGAGCAGCAAGGCUUCCAGAAAUCCAGGAGAGGUCGGGAAGGGUCACAGGGACCAAGGGAGGAAAGGAAAAAGAGCCCAUCAGAGAGUGGCAGGACAGAGCUGGCUGUGAGGCACCUGAGGGUGUCUGCAUCAGCUGGGUAGUGCAGCCCUGGGAGGCAGCCAGAGCUGGAGCUGCACUAGGAAACAGCCCGAGUGCAUUUUCAGUUCUCCUGGGCGAUAACUCCAGACUCCAUUAGCAGCCAGAUGGGGAAGAGGGGCAGCUUGGCUGUGCUGUGCAAUGCACGAGCUCCAUGGGGACUGGAGUGGGGAUGCAGGCUGCUCUUGAAGGGUUUAAUAAAGGCUUUGGCCUCUUCCCCAGCCAGGUGGAUGAGGGGAAUGCGAGUCCCACUCUGCCCAACACUGGGAUUUUGCCACCUUCUGGUUGGCAGGAGGGAGGCAGCUGCACAUCCCCAGUCUGGAAAUGGUGCCGUUGUAGCUCCUCCAGGAUGAAUCAUUGGUCUCACACCAUUCUGUAGCAGAGAAUAUCCUCAGUGCAGCCUGAGGAAAACCCUCCAAGCUCCCACUUUUCAAUGGAUGCAGGAGGAACCUGCUGAUUUCUCCCCAAAACCGAGUGCUAAACACAUGCCCCACACAAGCCUCCCAUGUGCAGGAGCAUGGAUGGAGCCAGGCUGUCAGAAGAAUAUUUCAGACUGUGAAAGCAAGCUCCAGCUGGGGAAAACCAGAGAGUAACGGUUAUUUAUGACUAUUUAUUUAAUUUAAUGCUGCUGACUACUGUACUGCUCCCUGACUUUUUUCCAGGGAGGCUGCUGAAAUGGCUGCUGUACCGUGAAACUGAGGUGCUAGGGCCUGGGAAGGGCUUUCUGGGGCUCAUUUCCCCACUGUGACUUGCCAGACUGCCCCAGAGUCCCCCUUCCCUCUCUUACUCACUCCCACAAUUACGAAGCACACAGAAUUCACCUGCUGCUGGAAUUUCCCUCUUCUAGAAUUUAAUUUCGAGCACCAAGCAGGACGGCACAGAGAUCCAGGAAAGAGCACACUGUGAAAGGGGAACCUGGAAUGUGGGGUCUCCUCCACCUGGGGACAGAGGAAUAGAGAGGGUCACAGAUAAAUGCUGCUGAUCACUGUUUGCUGCUCACAUUCUCUCCGUUAGGGAGGCAAGGAGCUCUUUUUCUCCCCCUGAAUCCUUUCUCCUGUGCAGAUUUCCAGCUGCAGGCUCGGGAUGUUCCCUCAGGCUGGGCCCCAGAGACAGAGCUGCACAAGCUCUGUUAAACCAGUGUCAGGCCAGGCAGCUGUAGCAAUCUCAACACUGAUAUUUGUCCUACCUGCACAUUAAAGUGGUUUUUUUUAAUCGUUUGACACCUAUCCUGACACUCAGCAAUGUGAAAUCCUUCAGUGGGAGCACAAGGGCAGAACCUGCUGCUGCAGUGUCCUCUACCCUGAGCGAGGUUUCUCUUUGAGGCCUCAGGGCUGUGUUUUUUUCUAGUUAUUUCUUUUUCCCACUCGGCAGCCAGUCUGCCUUGGGGUUGGAUGGGAUUCACAAUCUUUUUUUUUUGCCUCCUAAUCUCUCACAAUAGUAAUAAAGAGGGGAAAAGCGAGGUCGUAAGGCACUAAGGGUGAGGGUUUAAAGAAAAUCUUGGAGUGUUUUCACUUCCUCUGGAGAGCUGGGAUAGGAAUCAGCUGCCCCUGAGCAGUCCCAGCUGCCAGGCUGAUUCCUGCUGGAGCCAGAGAAAAUUUUGGAUUACAUUUCCUGGAGGGAUCAGUAACACUUUCUAGGAGUGAGAGGCCUGAAUAAUGUUACAGAGGGUGGUGCUUCCCCCAGCCCUCACAGCCAAGCCUGGCUUCCUGCAGCAGGGUUUUGCUUCUCCCCUUGCUCAUCAUCAAAACCCCCCUGGAUUCUUCCCAGGUGCAUUUCCCCUCCCAGUCUGACCCUUCCACCUGCACAUCUGCUGGGCUUUGAUUUGUAGGAUCUGAACAACCACAAAGCCAGGGUAUUUUUUAAAUUAUUUUCAUUUUUUAAAAGGCAUUUCUCCAGCCAAGCAUGCAAAAGCUUGCCAACAGCUUGUAGCCUAAUUCCUGCCAAGGAAGAUGCUUCCUUGGGAGGAGGGAGAAGGGGGAGCAGGAGGCUCUGAUCCACCAGUUUGUGCCAUCCUCACUGAUCUUACCUUGGCACAACCUCACCCCUGAUCAAUACACACCUUAGCUUAGCUUAGCUUAGAGCUGGGAUGAGUGGAUUUGAGUCCUGGAGAAGUGCUGUACAACCAGGCAUUCCCAGAGUGGAUACCAGAGGUUUCUGCAGCAGCACCUGCCUGUGGAGCCUCUGAAGGACCAAAACCCAGAUUAUUCCAGGGGGUGAGCUGCCCAAGGCAGGGGCACUGCUGGGCCUGCACACUCCAGAGAGUAAAUAUGGGAAAAUGAAAGGGAGAGAGGCACUUGCAGUGGGAAGGAGUUAGCUGGGGGUUAACAGGAUAAAGAGCUUUCUGGGUGCUCUGCACUCCAGGCACUCUUCAGUCACAAAACUUGCUAUGAACUCAUACCAACUGAUCCUGACUUGUGUCUGAACCCUUCCUGCCUCUUUGGGAGAGGAGAAGAGAGGCACCUGCCCUUGCUGUCCCCUGAGCUGCCUGUGUGACACAGAGGCUGCAGUUACACCUCUGGCUGCUGUCCCUGUCUGCUGGGUGACACCUGACCCUGCUUGGAUGCUUCUGAUCUUAAAAACAGCAGCUUCAGGCACAGGAAACAUCUCCAGUGCAGUCUGACCCUGGGCUGGGAGAGGAAAGGUUUCAAAGCACAAGGCUUUGCUGGAUUUGGAGCCCUGAAGGCACAAGGCUGCCUCUGAGAUAACAGGGCUUGUAUUGGGAGAUCCCUAGGAAUGCUAAUCCUGGAAUGCUAAUCCAUGUCCUUAUCAGACAGCUCCAGCAGCUCACCUGGGUGUAGAUAAGGACAGACACUUCAGCCUCCUUGGCUCCUCAGCACUGUCCUGGCAGUCACAUAAGAGUCUAUUCUUACCUUUGUGCAAGGAGGUAGAAAUUUCUUUUCCAGAGAGUGGCUGGAGACACUUUUGGUCAGGGUACUUGAGACCUUUUGGAUUUGCUCUGGUGUGCUGCAGCAGCUGUUCUCCCCAGGAGCACUGGCAGGCAGCACCUGCUCUUCCCCACGAGCACAGAAACAAAAUCCUGAUUUACAGCUGGAACUGGCUGGUUCCACGUUACGCAGAAAAUCAGUCUUAAAAUCACUGUUUAAAGCAGCAGUGCCUGGCUCGGGGGGGCAGCUCUGUCCUGUCUGCCCAGGCAGCUGCUGCCACCCCCAGCUCUUGACAGAUCAGUGCUUUCUGCACUGCCUGCUCAGCUCCAAGGGGCUCUCCCCACGGAGCUCUGCCAGGCUGCCACUGACACAGCCCAUGGCACAGCCCCUGGGCUCUGGCUUUGUCUUUUCAACCUCAGCACCACUUUAAAAUACCUGGCAGGGGCUUGUUUAAAACACAGCUCAGAACAGACACUCUGGAACCAAAGCCCCCAAGGGAUGUGGCUCACAGAGCACCUGUGCCAGGGUGGUUCCUGUGCUUAUUUUCCAGUCUGUUCCCCACUGGACAUGAUCUGAUCUCUGUGGCUCACAGAGCACCUGUGCCAGGGUGGCUCCUGUGCUUAUUUUCCAGUCUGUUCCCCACUGGACAUGAUCUGAUCUCUGUGGCUCACAGAGCACCUGUGCCAGGGUGGCUCCUGUGCUGAUUUUCCAGUCUGUUCCCCACUGGACAUGCUCUGAGCUCUGUGGCUCACAGCACACCUGUGCCAGGGUGGCUCCUGUGCUGAUUUUCCAGCCUGUUCCCCACCAGACGUGCUCUGAUCUCUGUGCUUUGCAGUCUCUCCAGCACGAGUCUCUCUGUGCCAUAAAAUCUCUCGUUUUUAGAUGUGCACACUGGCCAAAUACUCUCGUGUCCUGGGUGACUGUGAUCAAGGCCAUUCCCUGAUCCAGGCAGACAGCAUGGGCUUCUCUUAGCAUGGAUCCAUGGCAUGCCAUGCCCUCCUCCUCUCCCACACAUUUUGCAGUGCUUGCUGUGGCUUUUCCCUGUCCCCUCCCGCCUCUGCUGCUGGACAAUCAUUACCUGUGUCAUAGAUGAUCUGACCUGGUGCUGUCCCUGCCUGCCUUCCUCUCCUGCAGUCUGUAUGCUCUUCAAGUGAAUGUGUUUUAUUUUAUUUUAUUUUAUUUUUUUUCAGUAGGGAAAAGGACUUCCUUCUGCUGAAGGAGUUAUAUUUGCACAUGGCUCGGGGAGGUUCCUCCUCUGGCCGUUUCUGUUACCUCACUCAUUUAGGCCAAUUCCAUUGCUAACGUUAAAGGCCACCUUCCCUGACCCAAACCCCAAGAGUAGGUAGGGAACGAACCCUGAUGGGCAGCUCAUGUUCUGGAGCUGCCCAGCGGAAUUAGGAUUUGGGAGAGCAGCUGUUACAGCUCCAUCCAGCAGGGAGGUGGAGCCUGUGCCACGCACGUCAUCCCCAUCUCCCCAUUCCCACCUCCUGGGCAAUGGCCCUUGGAGAGCAGGGAUGGAAGCACCCACCUGGCUCUGGGCUGGACGUGGAGGGAGGGAAGAGCAGCAGAGCAGUGGCAGCAUCACAGCCUCCCACAAGCAGCCUGGCGUGGCCACGGCAGCUCUGGGCCAUCACCAUUCCAGCGGGAUUUCAUCUCCCACCACGUGCUCCAGGGCUGGAGAAAGCUGCUAAAACCCUGGGGCGUGUUCUCCCCGCGUGGGUCCUGCAGUCCCUGUGCACAAGGGAUGAUGAACGAGGGUCUGCUCUCCUCAGCACGGCACAGGAGCGGGUCCUACAACCACCACAGCACCUGCUUCCCUGCUGGAAUCCCCUCCAGAGCCCGGCAAGCAGGGGGCUGGUGGCUGAGGUGACUCUGGGGUGGGUGGGGGAAGGAUUGUGGGUUUGUUUUAGGAGUUGUCCCGACUGUCAGAAACUUUGCGCUGUGCGCAAAAAAAAAAAAAAAAAAAACAACACAAAAAAACAAAAACCCAACCCGCGGUUCAAAGCGAUACUGGAACGUGCUGGAAUGUAGGAAUUGUACAGGCUCUGCAGCCAAACUCCGUGUAAGUAGUUAGUACCAUGGAAGUACGGUAUCAAUUAAAAAAUCUAUCCAACAA